AUGGCAUCUAUUCGCCAUUAUGGAAGGCGAGGAUUUGCAGCAUUCAUUGGCAUUUACCUGGUUAUUUGCAGUGGUUUAGUUAGUGGCGCCCACCCUGAAGGUGGUAAUUCCGGUAGCGGAUCAGUCCCGGAUGGAGGUAAUGGGGAUAUGAGGAGUAUGCUUAGCGAUAGCUCUACACUUGCUGUUCUUGGUACAUUCCUAAAGUAUGCAACGCACUUGGAUCUUAUUCUACAUGGCCCCGUAUUCAAUGAAGGCAAUAUAAUCCAAGCAGCUAAAGACCUUUAUCCAUCAAUGCGUAUGUUUCCCGCUAAGAUUGAAGCCUUCUACCAUGUCUUGCCUGAGGUGUUUGACGCCAUCAAUAGAGCAAUGGAAAUACACAAACGCUACAACGAUAUACGCGUUUCACUAGGCAAAAUAGAUCCCAAGUCGCGUGAAGCAGUCGAAUUAGUGGAUGAGCAACACAGACUUGAAUCGGAAUUCGAGGAGUACGCUCCACUUGUUGAGGCUGGACACACGUGGAGGGUUGAUGCAGUGGCGCCUGUUGUUCUGCGCCUAUUUCAGGAUCUUGAGCGAACGUUAAACUCUCCUAGUGCCUCACAGAAUCCUGCUGUGAGAGCUAACGGGGAAGCACCCAUAGAAAACCCCGUCGCAAAUACGCCUUCACCAGGAACAACCACGCCACAGGAACCUACAACUACAUCAGAGACAACAAAACCCAGUGGAACCACACCCUUAACAGAACCAACGAAGAUUUAUUCUGCACCCAAAUCCAUAGCCUCGAUGAAUAUAACCGAUCGAACUGAACCCCGGCCAGAGCCAACCAAGCCGCAGGUCACGGCUGCAGGGAAGGGCACAGAUGAAUUAGGGAUACCACAAGGUAAAAGCGAAAUUGUCAACAAUGUUCGUGACACAAAGGAUGCUAAGAAUUCAUCUGGGCACAUGACGUCGGGAGUUAGGAUUAUUCAAACAAUGGCUGCACUGGGCAUUAUCGCGGUGCUCUGA